AAUGUUUGUAUACACGUUUUGGACGUGUUGGUUUCUUCCUUUCAAUUUAUUUAAGCUUGCCUGGUGUUUAUUUAGUUAUCUUUACUUUUAUGGCCAAUCAUUUCUAUUAUGUGGAAGGGUCAGCUACUGCAAUUCUUCUUUUGAACAGACUUACAGCUCUUUAUUGGCCAUUAAAAUAUGAA